AUGUCGUCUCCUCAGAAACUCAAGACGACCGCUACCGACCUUCUCCAUAUCAAGCACCCGGUGCUUCUUGCUGGUAUGAAUGUGGCGGCCGGUCCCAGAUUGGCUGCCGCUGUCACCAAUGCCGGAGGGUUGGGUGUUAUUGGAGGUGUCGGCUAUACUCCAGACAUGCUCAGAGAACAGAUCGCCGAACUCAAGAGUUAUCUGAAUGACAAGAGCGCCCCUUUCGGGGUGGAUCUCCUCCUUCCGCAGGUCGGAGGCAGCGCGAGGAAGACCAACUAUGAUUACACCAAGGGCAAACUCAACGAGUUGGUCGACAUCAUUAUCGACUCCGGCGCGAGACUCUUCGUGUCUGCUGUCGGUGUACCCCCGCGGGCUGUGGUUGAUAAACUGCACAAACAUGGCAUACUCUAUAUGAACAUGAUCGGCCAUGUCAAACAUGUGCGGAAGUGCCUCGACCUCGAUGUCGAUAUGAUAUGUGCCCAAGGUGGCGAAGGUGGUGGCCAUACCGGUGACAUUCCAACGAGUAUUCUUAUUCCUGCCGUGGCCAAAGUUUUGGCGGAUGCUCCACCCUCGAAACUUACCGGCAAGCCUGUCCAGCUCAUCGCGGCCGGGGGAAUGUUCAACGGACAAUCUCUCGCCGCCGCGCUCAUGCUGGGUGCCUCCGCAGUCUGGGUUGGCACUCGGUUUGUCCUUUCCGAGGAAGCCGGUGCACCUAAGGCACACCAAGAGGCGGUGCAGACUGCAGGUUUCGACGACAAUGUCCGCACCAUUAUUUUCACAGGGCGCCCACUCCGUGUUCGUAACAACGAAUACAUCCGUAACUGGGAAGAAAACCGACAAUCGGAGAUUAAGGCGCUGACAGACAAGGGUGUCAUCCCAGUGGAGCACGACUUCGAAGAGAAAGGCGAUGAUCUGACUGACGAAGACAUGGAGAACGCUCGCCCGUUCCUCAUGGGCAAAGCUGCUGCUGUUGUCAACGAAAGGAAAUCCGCUCGGGAGAUUGUCGACGAAUUCGUCAACCAGGCCGUCGAGUGCCUGCAAAAGGGGAAUGCCAUGGUGAUCUCGCAGAGCAAGCUAUAG